AUGGGACAAAACCAAUCUGCGGGGAGUGGAGGCGAUAAGAAGGACGAUAAGGAUAAGAAAAAGAAAUAUGAACCACCGAUCCCGACGCGAGUGGGCAAAAAGAAGCGCAAGGCAAAGGGACCCGAUGCGGCCCUUAAACUGCCCCAGGUUACUCCACAUACGCGCUGCCGGCUGAAAUUGCUGAAGCUGGAGCGCAUCAAGGACUAUCUGCUGAUGGAGGAGGAGUUCAUCCGCAACCAGGAAAGACUGAAACCACAGGAGGAGAAGAUUGAGGAAGAGCGAUCGAAGGUGGAUGACCUGCGUGGUUCUCCGAUGUCGGUAGGAACAUUGGAGGAGAUCAUCGACGAUAAUCACGCUAUCGUGUCAACGUCUGUGGGCAGCGAACACUACGUCAGCAUCCUGUCCUUCGUGGACAAGGACCAGUUAGAACCGGGCUGCUCGGUGCUUCUAAACCACAAGGUACACGCCGUGGUCGGAGUGCUCGGAGACGACACCGACCCGAUGGUGACGGUGAUGAAGCUGGAGAAGGCACCACAAGAAACGUACGCCGAUAUUGGUGGAUUAGACACACAGAUACAGGAGAUCAAAGAAUCGGUUGAGUUGCCCCUCACGCACCCGGAAUACUACGAGGAAAUGGGUAUCAAACCUCCGAAGGGUGUAAUCCUGUACGGUCCACCGGGAACGGGUAAAACGUUGCUAGCAAAGGCCGUAGCUAAUCAAACGUCCGCCACGUUCCUGCGAGUCGUAGGGUCGGAGUUGAUUCAGAAAUAUCUCGGUGACGGUCCAAAGCUAGUGCGCGAACUGUUCCGCGUGGCCGAAGAACACGCACCGUCGAUCGUGUUCAUCGAUGAAAUCGAUGCCGUCGGUACGAAACGCUACGAUUCGAACUCAGGAGGCGAACGAGAAAUUCAACGCACCAUGCUGGAGUUGCUCAAUCAGCUGGAUGGUUUCGACUCACGCGGCGAUGUGAAAGUAAUUAUGGCCACAAAUCGAAUCGAAACGCUCGACCCCGCACUCAUCCGUCCGGGACGUAUAGAUCGAAAGAUUGAGUUCCCAUUGCCGGAUGAAAAAACGAAGCGACGCAUCUUUAACAUCCACACUGCCCGCAUGACGUUGGCCGAGGACGUGAAUCUGUCGGAGUUGAUCAUGGCAAAGGACGAUCUGUCGGGCGCGGACAUUAAGGCGAUCUGCACGGAGGCAGGCUUGAUGGCACUACGGGAACGUCGAAUGAAGGUGACCAACGAGGACUUCAAGAAGUCGAAGGAAAGUGUGCUGUACCGCAAAAAAGAGGGAACGCCGGAGGGACUUUAUAUGUAA